AUGACUCUGCCCCACGGCCCUGGAAGCGCUGGGGAGUCCCAGGCCCCCCAGACCAUGCAGGUCUACAGGCUGGAACGCCGGCAGGAGGAAGAGCAGAAGGAGGAGCGGCAGCAGGGCCUGCACAUGGGCUCCUCUGUGCGGAGGAGGACCUUCCGGAGCAGUGAGGAAGAACAUCAGUUCAGUGCCGCCGACUAUGCCUUGGCCGCCGCCCUGGCCCUCACAGCCUCCUCUGAGAGGUCCUGGGAAGGUCAGCUGAGGCGGGAAGCUGUGGAUCUAGAGGAGCGUGGACAGAAGCGGAUAGGCUUUGGCAACGACCUGGAGAGGACGGAGGUCAGCUGCCUGCGGACCCAGCGGCUGCUGCGCCAGAGCCGGGACUGGAAGGCACUGCGGAGGCAGACAGAGGAGAAGGUUCGGGAGGCCAAGGAGCUGGUCGAGCUGUGUUCUGGCCGGGGCCCCUGGUUCUGGAUCCCGCUGCGCUCACACACUGUCUGGGAGCACACCACAGUCCUGCUGACCUGCACCGUGCAGGGCUCUCCGCCACCCCAGGCCACCUGGUACAAGGAUGAUGUGCGGAUCGACCUUCGCCUCUUCCCCCCUGGAAAGUUCCGGAUCAUCAACAACUAUGGACUGCUGACACUGGAGAUUAGGAGAUGCACCGUGGAGGACUCAGCCACCUACACCGUGAAGGUGAAGAAUGCCUACGGCCAGGCCUCCUCCUUUGCCAAAGUCCUGGUCCGCACUUACCUGGGGAAGGAUGCGGGCUUCGAUUCAGAGAUCUUUAGAAGAUCCAUGUUUGGCCCCACGGUGGAAUUCACAUCAGUGCUGAAGCCCGUCUUCGCCCGAGAGAAGGAGCCCUUCUGCCUGUCCUGUUUGUUCUCCGAGGAUGUGUCAGACGCGGAGACGAGCAUCCAGUGGCUCCGAGAUGGCCGGUUGUUGAUCUCCUCCGCUCUUCGGCAAAUCCUCUACGCAGACCGCCAGGCGUCCCUGAAGGUGUCCUGGGCCUAUAAGGAGGACGAGGGGUUCUACAGGGUGCGCGUGGCCACGCCCUCUGGGAACCAGGAGCAGAGCACCUAUGUGUUUGUGAGAGACGCUGCAGCUGAGAAGCCGGGAGCCCCAGGCUCCCCGCUCAAUGUCCAGUGCCUGGAUGUGAACCGAGACUGCCUCCUACUGACCUGGACCCCGCCCAGCGACACGCGAGGCAGCCCUAUCACCAGCUACACCGUCGAGCUGUGCCAGGGUGACACUGAGGAGUGGCUCUCCUGCCAUGAGGCCCCCUGGGGGACCUGUCGGUGUCCAAUCCAAGGCCUCGUGGAAGGCCAGCGCUACCGAUUCCGUGUGAGGGCGGUCAGCAGGGCCGGCAGCAGCCUCCCCUCCAAAGCCUCCGAAGCCGUGGUCACCUGUGCCCCUGACGCUCUCCGGGGCAGGACAGAAAUCCCCUUUGACCUGGGCAGCAAGAUCACCAUCAGCACAGAGGACUUUGAAGAUGCCGUGACCAUCCCCUCACCCCCGACCAAUGUCCACGCCAGUGAGAUCCGAGAGGCCUAUGCGGUUCUGAGCUGGGAGGAGCCGAGGCCCCGUGGCAAAGCCCCACUGACGUACUCCCUGGAGAAGUCAGUCAUAGGUAGCGGCACCUGGGAAGCCAUCAGCCCAGAAACCCCUGUGAAGUCGCCACGGUUCGCCCUUCUGGACCUGGAGAAGGGGAAGUCGUAUGUCUUCAGAGUGCGAGCUGUGAACCAGUAUGGCAUGAGCGACCCCUCGGAGCCCAGCGAUCCAGUCUCCCUGAAGGGCGGGCCAGCUACUCUCCCUCCUCCAGCUCAAGUUCAAGCUUUCCGGGACACGCAGACAUCUGUGUGUCUGGCCUGGAAGCCCGUGGAUGGAGGCUCGGAGCUCCUGGGUUAUUACAUUUAUUCCCGGGAGGCAGGCUCAUCUGAGUGGCACACGGUGAACAACAAACCCAUCCAGGACACCAAGUUCAUGGUUCCAGGGCUGAACACGGGAAAGGAGUAUGAGUUUUGCAUCCGGUCGGUCAGCGAGGCCGGGGUGGGCGAGAGCUCAGCCCCCACGGAGGCCGUGAGGGUCAAGCAGGCUCUAGCCACCCCGUCGGCCCCCCGCGACUUUGCGCUCCUGCACUGCGGGAAGAAUGACAUGGUCAUCGGGUGGAAGCCCCCCCGGCGCCGUGGGGGCGGCAAGAUCCUGGGCUACUUCCUGGACCAGCAUGACUCCCAGGAGCUGCACUGGUGCCCAGUCAGCCUGCAGCCCAUCCCAAGCCGGGUCUGCAAGAUCAGCAACCUUCAUGAAGGCCACUUCUAUGAGUUCCGGGCCCGGGCCGUCAACUGGGCUGGUGUUGGUGAACUGUCUGCACCCAGCAGCCUGUUUGAGUGCAAGGAGUGGACGAUGCCCCAGCCAGGCCCCCCAUACGACGUGCGGGUGUCCGAGGUGCGGGCUACUUCCCUGAUGCUGCAGUGGGAGCCCCCGCUGUACACGGGCGCUGGACCAGUCACGGGCUACCGCAUCAGUGUUCAGGAGGAAGGCUCUGAGGAAUGGAAGCCCGUGACCCCAGAUCCCAUCUCUGACACCCACCUGAGGGUGUCUAACCUGCAGCCUGGAAAGACGUACGUGUUCCAGGUCCAGGCCAUGAAUUCAGCUGGGCUGGGACAACCAUCCAUGCCCACUGACCCUGUGCUCCUGGAGGACAAGCCAGAUGCCCAGGAGAUCAAGGUCGGCGUGGAUGAGGAGGGCCGCAUCUACUUGGCCUUUGAAGCCCCUGAAGCCCCUGACUCCUCGGAGUUCCUGUGGGCCAAAGAUUACCAGGGCCCGCCGGCCCCCCAGAGGGUGGAAAUAGAGGACGAAGUGAGCAAGUCCAAGGUCAUCCUGAAGGAGCCUGACCUUCAGGAUCUGGGCAUCUACUCAGUGGUAGUCACAGAUGCGGAUGAAGACACGUCAGCAAGCCACAUGCUGACAGAGGAAGAGCUGAACAAGCUGAAGAAGCUGAGCCACGAGAUCAGAAACCCAGUGAUCAAACUCAUCUCUGGCUGGAACGUGGACGUCCUGGAGCAAGGAGAGGUGCGGCUCUGGCUGGAAGUGGAAGCGCUGACCCCGGCGGCUGAGCUGCACCUCAUCUUCAAUGAGAAGGAGAUCUUCAGCUCCCCGAACCGCAAGAUUAAUUUUGACCGUGAGAAGGGGCUGGUGGAGAUUAUCAUCCAGCACUUGUCUGAGGAGGACAAAGGAUCAUACACAGCACAGCUCCAAGAUGGAAAAGCCAAAAACCAGAUCACCCUGGCCCUGGUGGAUGACGAUUUUGACAAACUCCUGAGGAAGGCAGAUGCCAAGAGAAGAGACUGGAAGAGAAAGCAAGGACCCUAUUUCCAGGAGCUGUUGCAGUGGCAGAUCACAGAGGACUGCCAAGUGCUGCUGACCUGCAAGGUGACCAACACCAAGAAGGAGACUCGCUUCCAGUGGCUCUUCCAGAAGAAAGAGGCUCCAGACGGCCAAUACGACCCGCAGGCCGGGACGGGACUUCUCCGAAUUGAGCAGAUGUCCAGGGAGCACCAGGGAACUUACAGGGCGGUGGUUUCGGAUGAUCGAGGGGAGGAUGACACCAUAUUGGACCUCACUGGCGAAGCCCUGGAUGCCGUCUUCAACGAGCUGGGCAGAAUCAGUGCCCUCUCUGCAACUCCACUGAAAAUCCAGGGCACUGAGGAGGGCAUCCGGCUGUUCAGCAAGGUCAAGUACUACAACGUGGACUACAUGAAGACCACCUGGUUCCACAAGGAGAAGCGCCUGGAGAGCAGCGAUCGGGUUAGGGCGGGCACCACCCUGGAUGAGAUCUGGCUCCACAUCCUGGACCCCAAGGACUCCGACAAGGGCAAAUACACCCUAGAAAUCACUGCUGGGAAGGAAGCCCGGCAGCUCUCGGCGGAUCUGUCAGGGCAAGCUUUUGAUGACGCCCUGGCUGAACACCAGAGACUGAAGGCCUUGGCCAUCAUCGAGAAGAAUCGUGCCAAGGUGGUACGGGGCCUGCCGGAUGUGGCCACCAUCAUGGAAGACAAGACCCUGUGCCUGACCUGCGUCAUCUCAGGAGACCCUGCCCCGGAAAUCUCUUGGCUAAAGAAUGAUCAGCCUGUCACCUUCCACGACCGUUACCGCAUGGAGGUGAAGGGGACAGAGGUCACCAUCACCAUCCAGAGGGUCACCAGCGAGGACAGCGGGCGGUAUGGCGUCUUCGUCAAGAACAAAUAUGGCUCUGAGACGGGCCAGGUCACCAUCAGUGUGUUCAAACAUGGAGACGAGCCCAAAGAGCUGAAGAAGAAGUGACGGGAGAGUCUAGGCACAGCCUGAGAUCCAGCGGGCAUGAACCAGCAGAGCCAACCAAGAGGGUCACAGCCUGG